AUGGCGCCCCUCACGCCUGAAGACUACAAGAUCGCAUGGAUCUGUGCCUUGCCGUUAGAGGCGGCAGCCGCCCGCGCGAUGCUUGACAAAAUUCACCACCCACCUCAACCGAUCACUGAUCAGAAUGCCUACGAAUUUGGAGAACUGAAUGGCCAUUAUAUUGUGAUUGCUCACUUACCGGAUGGCGUCUAUGGAACUAUCUCUGCCACGGCGAUCGUAUCUCGCAUGCGCUUAACCUUCACUCGGCUUCAAUUCGGAUUAAUGGUGGAGAUUGGAGGCGGAGUCCCGAGCAAGAAUAAUGAUAUUUGUUUAGGGAUGUGGUGCAAUUCUCGCCUCCGAGUUAUGAUUCAGAUCUUCUAUUCUGUUCCUCGUACUGCCAUGCCGACGUGGAGGCUGAUUGCGAGGCGUGUGACAGAGAGCAGUGAUAAGGGAUGCAAAAAAGCGCGAUUUAUUGGCCCGUCAGCACGGGAUACUCUGCUUCGAGAUGGAGACGGCAGGCAUUAUGGACGAACUUCCGACUCUUGUGAACGAGGUAUAUGCGAUUAUUGCGACUCCCAUAAGCAGAAACAGUGGCAAGGAUAUGCAUCCUUGACUGCAGCCGCCUUUGCAAAGCUGUUGCUAUCAAUGGUUCCUGUUUACCCUGCAGCUGUCAACUUCGUUAAGGGCACCAGAGAGCGGCACUGGAUGGUCCCGUUAGCAAGGAAUCCAAGAUUUGUUAGUCGCCAGGAAGAAAUAAUGGAGCUGGGAAAAAUGAUUGCAAUGCAGGACGGGCCGAGGAGGAUUGCAUUAACUGGCUUAGGAGGUGUUGGGAAGACCCAGGCGGCCCUAGAGCUCGCAUACCGCAUACGGGAUAAGGAUAAAGAGCUUUCGGUCUUCUGGCUCCCAUGCACUAGUCAUGCAAUGGUUGAGCAGUCAUUUCUAAAGAUGAGACAAAUGGUUGGGCUCAGUAACGUGAAGCCAGCAGAAAUCAAAGAACAGAUAAAGUCAUAUUUCAGCUCUGAGCACGGAGGCAAAUGGCUUUUGAUCUUCGACAAUGCAGAUGAUACAGAGAUGUGGCUAGGGCCCAAUGACACAGCUCCAGGUUUUGAGCAAUUCCUUCCUCAGAGUGAAAAUGGCCACAUUCUAUUCACUACCCGCAAUAGGGAACUUGCGGUAGAUCUCACCUUCUCUAAUAAUAUUUCCAUUCCAGACGAGGAUCAGGAAACUGCGCAGAGUAUCCCAGAGAGCCUACUGUUGCGGAAACAUUUAGUUGAGGACCAUGGCAUGAUGGUGGCUCUCUUGGAAAAGCUUGCAUAUCUUCCAUUAGCGAUCGCGCAGGCAUCAGCGUGCAUCAAUAAAAAGUGCAUAAGUCUGCCUGCAUAUUUUAAGAUCUUACAAGAGGAAGAACAAGUUGCUGUGGAGCUCCUCAGCGAGGACUUUAGGGACCCAGGACGCUAUAAGGAUAUCGAGAGUUCCGUGAUCACCACCUGGUGGAUAUCCUUCAAACAGAUCCAACACCAAGCACCAUUAGCAGCAGACUAUCUAUCCUUCAUGGCCUGCAUUAGCCCACGGAAUAUUCCGCAGUCUCUUCUUCCGUCGUAA